UACACAGGGGGAAAAAAACCCAUCAAAGUUUACCUAUAGGCUAGGUCUAUAAGCAAACAAUUCGAACAUUAAACGUGGAUUUAACAUGAUAUAAAGAUUUAAAAUAUAUUUUUGAAACUCAAAAUUAGGCUACACGUUAAAAUCUCCGAGAAGGACGGGACAGGGUGCUCAGGUGCUUCCUACCUGCUCCUUCAGCCCUUGAGAAAUAGGCUAAUCAGAGAGGGAAAAGUCGAUUUACCUGUAGCCCGGGUUCUGGCAUCUCUCACUCGCGCUCUGUCUUCUGUUACCUGCACCGACUUGAAAGUCCAGUUUCACAAGGAAGAACCGCGGAGGAAGAGAAAUAUGUCACAGGAGACAGACAGUAAGAGGCUGGUUGUAGUGGUGCCCAAUGAGACGUCCUUCCACCAGCGUCGGGCCUACACCAGUGAGGAUGAGGCCUGGAGGUCUUAUCUGGAGAAUCCACUUACUGCGGCCACAAAGGCCAUGAUGAGCAUAAAUGGAGAUGAAGACAGUGCUGCCGCCCUGGGGCUCCUCUAUGACUACUACAAGGUGCCCAAAGAUAAGAGAGUUUUACCAAUCAGCAAAGUGGUUGAAAUUUCAGAGGAACUGGAAAAGAGAAACACUACAGUGGGAAACAGCAGUCAAAUGGAGCCGGAGACAGUGGAUAAUCGUGUGCAGGUACUGAAAUCAGUGCCCGUUAAUCUGACACUCAACACGGAUCACCAGGACACCAAACGGGAACAGUACAGCGUGGCGGCUGGAGAGAGUGGGGCCGCUGCUGUGGUAAAGGCUGAGGUGUACACUCCUGCUUUCAUGGCUUCGGGAGUUCACUACAGGACAGAAGGAGAGGAACAUAUGCGGGUCAUCUGUGAACAGGCCCACUCGUACGACACCUCGGCUGUAUGUCAUAGUGGAUAUAGGAAGGAUGACCAUCGCAGUAGUCCAGAUAGCACCUAUGAAGAAGACAGCAAUGAAAAGUACCCCCCAUCGUCGAUUGGAGCUGAUGACUUCAUAUUUGACCAGUCGGAUAUGUUAGACACUUUCCAGUACACAUUAGAGGCCAGCAGGUCGUUGCGACAGAAACAGGGUGAGGGGCCUAUGACCUAUCUGAAUAAGGGCCAGUUCUACGCUAUUACACUGAAUGAGACAAGUGCCAAUAAACGCCUCCGACAUCCCAUCAGCAAAGUGAGGAGUGUCAUCAUGGUUGUAUUCAGUGAAGAUAAGAACCGUGAUGAGCAGCUGAAAUACUGGAAGUAUUGGCACUCCCGCCAGCACACUGCAAAGCAGAGGGUUCUAGACAUCGCUGACUACAAAGAGAGCUUCAACACAAUUGGGAAUAUUGAAGAAAUCGCCUACAAUGCUGUGUCCUUUACCUGGGACGUGAAUGAGGAGGCCAAGAUCUUCAUCACGGUGAACUGUCUGAGCACAGAUUUCUCCUCUCAGAAGGGGGUGAAGGGUCUUCCUCUGAUGAUACAAAUAGACACCUACAGCUACAACAACCGCAGUAACAAACCACUGCAUAGAGCCUACUGCCAGAUCAAGGUCUUCUGUGAUAAGGGAGCGGAGAGGAAGAUCAGAGAUGAGGAGAGGAAACAGAACCGCAAGAAGACAAAAGGAAAGGAUGGAGGCGUUGGGGCGGUUAAUCUCCCGAAAAAGUGUGACGCCAUCUUCUUUAAAAUGAUGACUGAUUUGGAUGCUCAGCCGGUUCUCUUUAUCCCGGAUGUGCACUUUGGAAACUUACAGAGGGCAGGCCAGGUAUUUGCAUUUAAUACUGAGGAAAUUGAACGAGAGGGAAGUGUGCUGGUAAAGAGGAUGUUCCGGUCAUCUGAGGAUGACUUCUGCCCACCGCCUCAUAAACAGCUAAGAGAGGAGACACAGAAGAGAGUGCUCUUGUAUGUGAGGAAGGAGUCAGAUGAGGUGUUUGAUGCUCUAAUGCUGCGGACGCCCACUCUCAGAGGACUCAUGGAUGCAAUUUCUGAGAAGUAUGGUGUUCCCAUUGACAGAAUGGUCAAGAUUUACAAGAAGAGCAAGAAAGGGAUCCUGGUGAACAUGGAUGACAAUAUCAUUGAGCACUACUCUAAUGAGGACACUUUUAUCCUGAGUAUCGAGAACUACGCAGAUGCAUACAAAAUCACAUUAAUGGAAAUAUGAACUUCUCGUGUGUUUCUAACAUUCAGUGUGUUUAAGCUAAAAGACUUGUUACUUGGACUCCAACCUGGUCAAAUUCAUCGUCAGCUGUCCACACAUUGAAUUGACAUCGGCAAAUGCUGAUAUACCUCAUUUUUAAGAGACCUCAAGUAUGAUUUUUAAAGGGUCAAUAGGAGUUUCAGUGCGUCCCAAACAUUUCCAGGAUUUCACUGUUCUAGUGUGGAUGUAAAGACUUUUGCUAGUUGA